UCAACAAACAAUCAGUGAACUUCGAAAACUCACCAGAGUUAGUCGUGAACGUCUCCGGAAUUGAAGAACCAUUGUGCUUCAAUGUUGGGACACGAGAGGAAACCGUCAGAGUACUGCAAGACCCCAAGACAGGUAUUAUUGUGAACGCUCAAAUCCUCCAUGACAACUUGAAUAACAAGACAUACAUUGGCACUGUCCUGAUUUCUCAAGGCAACAUCUGUCUUCUCGGCACGCAGUAUUUCCUCUUGGUCAACAACGCCAAGUUUAACUGGGGAGAAAUCAGAGAUCUGAGUGUGGACGGGCACAGAAUUUUGAUCAGAGGAAAUAUAGUAAUAGUGACUUUUCGACAAUGCCGUAUCACACUGGCCGUCCGUCGACAUGCAACUGGAGAGAACAGUAUGGAUUAUAGCGAAUUCGGCAGAGAAAAUGACAAUAAAGCAGAAGAAAGCAAUGCUAGCAAGGAUGAUGAUAGUGAUGGUGCAGGAACCAAAGGGCGACCGGACAUACUUCCUCUAGUUGGGUAUGAGCAAAGGGAAUCUUUCAUAAACCAUUUCUUGUCGUCGAAAAGACGACGUGGGCUUUUGCUGCAGAAAUACUUUGGCAUUAAUCAGGACAGCGCUGUAGUGAGAAAUGUGCUCAUAGAAGUGGACAGUGAAGGUCGUAAAAAACGGGGCAAUGAGAAGGAAGACAGUGAGAAGAUUCUCAAGGAUGGAUCUAAAGUCGAUCAAGCUGGUGAAGAAUCAGAGAAUCAGCACGGACAUGAAAAUAUGCCUGAUGUCCAGUCUUCCGCCGAUCAAGACGGCGAAAGAUUGAACGGUUUCAAGCCAUUGGAUGAUUAUGCUGAAGGUCAACCAGAUGAGUCUAAUGAUGGGUCGAGAAUGGAGAGAGAGGCAGAGAAAAGAAGAGACAGCAAUAUUGUGUUGGACAUUUACAUAGCUGACUCGAGGGAUUUUUCUAACAAGACCCAUGGACUCCUUGGUCAGUUCCUGUUUAAAAACGUCACGAGAGAGAAGAUACGCUACAAGGAUGGAAAAGCUACAGCCAGACUCCUGCUCCAAGAAAACCCAGUCCUUCGAACCAACGCCUUGUUCACGUCCAGAUUUUACGAUGCUAUCAACGGAACACGCAAAUGUUGGAAACUACGUCAAAACGGUCGGGAAGUAAUUGACGGAAAUUACACAGACUAUGCUGUACCAAGUAUUUCGUACAGAAACCUCAAGGAGCUUCCUCCCCCGGCCCCGUUAUGA